UUGUAUGACAUUACUACUUACUUUGUAUUGCAAAACUAUCAAUUGAUAGAUAACUUAUUAAAUUGAAUUAAUUGUGUUGAGAAGAUUUGUCAAUUAAGUUGAUUUGAAUUAAAAUUUUCUCACGUUCUACUAGUUAACACAAUUUGUAUUAAUUUUGCGGUUUUAUAGUCAUCUGUGCUGCUGUUUGAUAAAAAGUGAGAGUCGAGGUUACUUUACUCGGCGUUAUUGGCUUCUUACUAUCUUGCGCAGACUCGUUGCUUGAGUCGGUUAAGAACUGUCGAUUAAUUAAGACGUCGAAAUGGCUAGCGGACGAGUUGUUGUAUACGGUGGACGGGGCGCUUUAGGCGCAGCUUGCGUGAAUCAUUUCAAGAAAGCAAACUUUUGGGUGGCAAGCGUCGAUCUUAACCCAAAUGAAAGUGCAGAUGUCAAUAUCACGGUUCCUAAAGAAGCGUCGUGGGUUCAACAGGAGGAACACGUGGUUAAGGAAUUAGAAACAGCAUUACAAGGCCAGAAAGUGAAUGCAGUGAUUUGCGUUGCCGGCGGCUGGGCCGGAGGUAACGCGGCCAAGGAUCUAAGCAAGCAAACCGAUCUUAUGUGGCGGCAAUCAGUUUGGAGUUCCACAAUUGCUGCCACUGUUGCUUCCAAAUACCUCAGCCCGGGUGGACUUGUUGCACUAACUGGAGCAAAAGCUGCUUUAGAAGGAACACCAGGAAUGAUCGGUUAUGGGUUAGCAAAAGCAGCGGUUCAUCAACUGACCAAAUCGUUAGGUGCUAAGGAUUCUGGAUUGCCAGAAAAUUCCCUUGCAGUUGCUAUAUUACCAGUUACCUUGGAUACAGAAAUGAACAGGAAAUGGAUGCCGAAAGCUGACUUUGGCUCUUGGACACCCCUGACCUUUGUUGCUCAGUUGUUUGAUAAAUGGAUAAAGGGAGAGGAAAGACCCCCAAGCGGUAGUCUCGUAGCUCUGGUCACAAAAGAUAAUGUUACUGAUUUAAUUAUUCAGUAAAUCUAUUAAGUUAUAUGUAUAUUGUAAUAAGUUAUCGUAGAUCUGACAAUAUUCAUCAUUAAUGUUGUGCAAUAUUGUUUUAGCUCAAGUUAAUGGUUAUCAAACUGCUUUCUAUGUCUUUAUGUGAUAAGAAUAAGAUGUAUCAUUCGUUAAAUGGGAACAAUCUCAAAGCAUUGUAUUUAAAAUAUUUAUUAGACAUUAUAUACAAAUGAUAACAAAUCAAUGUGAUAUAAACAAUAAACGCUAAAGCAAGUA